AUGGUGAAACAGAACUGCCAAUGUAGAACUAAUGGCAAUAAAUGCCAAGGCGAUGGAUGUGAGGAAUGCAAAUACUGGUAUUGCCUAUGUGAUUGUUGUGGUCGAAGGCUGGGCAUUUGCAUUGGCGUCGCUUUUGCGGGCGCAAUCGGCUUCUUCGGACUCUUCAUUUUGGUGCUUUACAUAUGCUCUAAAGUCUAUAAGAUGAGCUUUGGUACAGUCAUCGACCAAAUAGACUACGCCCUAACUGGCUACAAACCCGCCACUUCGAAGUGUGACCUCCAAUAA